ACGUAUCAUUGCAGUUCAGACGCGCAAGGAGUGAAACCCCUCUGUGUUUGUGCGCCACGAUCAAAGGGAACCCGCUGUAUUUUGGUAUGGAUUAUCGAUUUGCAUUAAGCUGAAACUCACAGGCUAUCAGAUAGGUGGGAAAGGACGCAACCGGUUUGUUCAGACCACCGAGGCUGACGGCAACAGCGGCACGCGUAAAAGUAGAAAUACUUAAGAUUAUGCAUAGCCUAUUUGAGACUUUCGAGCGGUGAUAAUUAAGCUGGAUAGUAGUUGGACUUUUCAAACAGGUGCCAAGUUUUGUUCCCAAGAUAUUUUUUUUUUUACGGAUGCGUGACGUGGACGUAAACUGUGCCGUCUUCUUGGGUUAAAAAAAAAAAAAAAAAAAAGACACUCUGGAAAUUAAACUGAACUUGAGGCACUUGGAUGUAGUUUGGCCGCAGCAGAGGGGAGGAUUUGGACCUGGAGGAUGAAAUUAGUAAGGCGCCCGUCAUGGUUACUUUGUGUUUUAUAAAGACACAUCAAGCCAUGGGUUGAAAGCAAGGAUGAGAGACUGCGGGGAUAUUCAACGUGGGAGGGAACAGAAUUUUCCGUGUUAUGUAAUGAUUGACAGUGCCUAAUAAUUAGUGGUAGAUCAUACAUCAUUUCCCCCCGUGUCCCUCCCCCCCAUUCCCCUUAAUGCCAAGCAGGCAAGAGAAUGGCUGAUCUAUUUUAGGAACAAAUACGAACUGCUCUCUCUCUUAAUGAAACAAACCGUGACUCCAGAAGUGAUUACGGAGCAGGGCUUAAGCCUUAAGUUGAUGAACAAGGUCAUGUGUCAAAAGUCAGUGUGUCGAUCGAUAUUCCAUUUAUUCGUCUCUGUCUCUAGCAAAGUGGCGAUUCUCAGAGAGAUAUAGAAGCAGUGCUGGAAGUUUAUUAGUGGUGUCAGUCGUUUUAGAUCUAAGAGCAGCCUCUAAGUCCAUACUUACCUCCCUCUCCUUUCCCUCUUAGUCUCUUUUCUAAAUGUUUUUGUUUGAUGAAUUUCAAUGCAACAUGGUGCCCCAAUCUCUGGACCUGCACUGUGCUGAUUUGGCAUGGUCUUACAAUAUAUUCAUAAUGACAAUCACAAGUUUCUCCAGCUUCUUUUUGAACUUUGAAAUGUCCUCUGGGAAUUGCAACAGUUUUUAUGGGCACUAAGAGGCUACAAUGAGCUCAUUUUUGUCCUAGACUUUGGGGACAUGUAGUCUGAAAUUCUCAACGUCUUUAUCUCUGUGAUUUCUUGUUUCUGAACCUCUAAAACCGAUAGUUUUAUCUCCGUCAGAACCCCUGUUGUCCCUCCUCCCUCCCCCCCACUCAUCAGGGCUGGUGGGGGGGGUGGAUCUUGGCCCUCCGGGGUCGAAACCGUGGUGGCGGCGGUGGCGGUGGUGACACUCUAAAGGCAGGGCUCCCACAAUGGAGACCAGCCCAGAGAGCCCCAACCGGGCAGUGGAGUACCUCCUGGAGCUCAAUAACAUCAUUGAGAGCCAGGCCAAGCUCCUGGAGACCCAGCGCCGGCGCAUAGAGGAGCUGGAGGGCCAGCUAGACCGGGUCAGCCAGGAGAACCAGGACCUGAGGUUGGAGCGCACCCCACGCACCGCGGGCUCUGACACCCCCGAGCAGAAUCACAACCACAGCCAGCCUCUGUCUCUCCCCAUCCACCAUGGCAGUGGAGGUGCCAGUGGCAGUGGGAAUGGUGGCACCACGUCAGCUCCACCGGCGGCAGCAGCAGCAGCGGCGGCGGCAGCGGCGGUGGCCCCAACUCCUGUGCCCAGCAGGGAGAGGAGGACCCACACCAGGCUGACCCGAGGUCUGUCCUGUGGCUCCUCCACCACAGAGCGAGACAGGGACAGAGACAGGCUGGAACGCACCGACAGCACGGACACCAACACCAGCUCCACCAUACGCAGAAAUGUGGAAGGGGAGUCCCAGUGUCCGGAGACGGGCACCCACGCAGACAGCUCCUACAGCCAGGCCCCUUACCUGCACGGCUCCGAGCGCUACAGUGACAACAGCAGCACUCCCCUGGGCUCCAGGGGUGCCCCAUGUGUGGCAGCCUCCAGCUCAGCAAGCUUGGCCUGGGCACUGCGGACACGACAUCAGCCUGCCAGCCUGGCCCUCCGCAAACAAGAGGAAGAGGAAAACAAGAGAUGCAAGGCCCUUUCAGACAGCUAUGAACUCUCAACGGACCUGCAGGACAAAAAGGUGGAGAUGUUGGAGAGGAAAUAUGGUGGCUCCUUUGUAAGUCGUAGAGCAGCUAGGACCAUUCAGACGGCUUUCCGCCAGUACCGCAUGAACAAGAACUUUGAGCGGCUCCGAAGUUCCGCCUCUGAGAGCCGCAUGACACGCCGCAUCAUCCUGUCCAACAUGAGACUGCAGUAUUCAUUUGAUGAGCGUCAGCCUCAGCAGCAGGCCCAGACUCAGACCAACUUCACCCACAGUGUGGCCAUUGGACCACCUCAUUCCCCAGAUGCAGACCGCCCUGGAGACUACACCCACCUAGAGGACUCUUUCUCAAAACAGGUGAAGUCCCUAGCUGACUCCAUAGAUGACGCCCUUACCUGCCGCGCGGGUCGCGAUGACUCCCAGGAGGGCAGCAGGGAGGGUGGGGGCAUCAGCGAGGACUUUGGGGAGUGUGUAUGGAGCAGCAGCAGCAACCCAUCCUCCCAGAGAGGUUUGGGAGACAGAGCCCGAGGUGGCGGAGGAGGACUCAGUAUGCACGGGGACAGCACAGCCACCUCGUACAGCGAUGUCACCCUUUACAUGGAUGAUUGCAUGCCCUCCUCCCCGCUGUCCCUGGACCGGGCCCCCAGCAGCACAGACACAGAGUACUGGGGUCCCGGUGGGGGUGUUGCGGGCCGUGAGGACAGCAGGGACACUGAAGGAGGGGGCAGCAGUAACAGUCGUCGCAGCACCCCCUGCACUGAGUGCCGAGACUAUCGACUGAGGGGCGCCCAUCUGCCCCUCCUCACCAUCGAGCCGCCCAGUGACAGCUCAGUGGACAUGAGUGACCGCUCAGACCGUGGCUCCCUGAGCAGACAGCUGGUCUAUGAGCAGGAACCCGGAGUUGGGACUGGCUCCCCUCAGGGAACCCUCAAACACUCCCCCAAUACAGGUACCCGCCCUUCCUCCACAGCCGCCGCCCAGGGUCAGACCCGGGCCCCUGGCAGACCCCUCCCCACACACAUUCCUCACCACGUGGCACACCACCACCAUCACCACCACCCUAUCCACCACCAUCAGUACCCCGACACGCCCUCUUCUUCCUCCUCCCCCCAGCAGCCUCCCACCACCCCUCUGUCCUCCUCCUCUUCUACAGCUUUGCCCCCCGGGGGUCUGGAGCAGCCGUGCUGUUCUGAUGGAGACAACGACUCGCUCAACUCCACCACCAACUCCAACGAGACGGUCAACUGCAGCUCGGGCUCUUCGUCGCAGGACAGCCUGCGGGAGCCACUGCCUCCUCUGGGCAAGCAGACCUACCAGAGGGAAAGCCGCCACAGCUGGGACUCUCCACCUUUCAACAACGAUGUGGUGCAGAGACGCCAGUACCGCAUAGGCCUCAACCUCUUCAAUAAGAAGCCAGAGAAAGGGAUCCAGUACUUGAUAGAGAGAGGUUUUGUAUCUGACACCCCAGUUGGAAUUGCUCGCUUCAUCCUGGAGAGGAAAGGCCUGAGCAGGCAGAUGAUCGGAGAGUUCCUGGGAAACCGGCAGAAACAGUUCAACAAGGAUGUUUUAGACUGUGUGGUGGAUGAGAUGGACUUCUCAGGGAUGGACCUGGAUGACGCACUGAGGAAGUUCCAGGCUCAGAUUAAAGUUCAGGGAGAGGCCCAGAAAGUAGAGAGGCUCAUAGAGGCUUUCAGUCAGAGGUACUGUGUGUGUAACCCAACCCUGGUUCGCCAGUUCCAGAACCCCGACACCAUCUUCAUCUUGGCCUUUGCCAUCAUCCUCCUCAACACAGAUAUGUACAGCCCCAACGUCAAAGCUGAGAGGAAGAUGAAGAUAGAGGACUUCAUCAAGAAUUUGAGAGGAGUGGACAAUGGUCAGGAUAUACCCAGGGACCUGCUGGUCGGGAUCUACCAGCGCAUUCAGAAGUGGGAGCUACGGACCAAUGACGACCAUGUGUCCCAAGUGCAGGCGGUGGAGAGAGUCAUUGUGGGAAAGAAGCCUGUGCUGUCUCUUCCCCACCGUAGGCUGGUGUGUUGCUGCCAGCUCUAUGAGGUGCCUGAUCCUAACAGACCUCAGAGGACAGGAGUGCACCAGCGAGAGGUCUUCCUCUUUAAUGACCUUCUGGUGGUGACCAAGAUCUUCCAGAAGAAGAAAACCUCAGUGACGUACAGUUUCAGACAAUCUUUCCCAUUGGUUGAGAUGCAAGUGCACAUGUUCCAGAACUCAUAUUACCCUCAUGGUAUUCGCCUGACCUCAGCAGUGCUGGGUGGAGAGAGGAAGGUCCUUAUUGUCUUCAUGGCACCAAGUCAGCAGGACCGCACCCGCUUUGUCAGCGACCUCAGGGAGAGCAUUGCAGAGGUGCAGGAAAUGGAGAAAUACAGGGUUGAAUCGGAGUUAGAGAAACAGAAAGGUGUGAUGCGGCCCAGCUUGCUGACUGGAGGUGUGGUUGGAGGAGGUGUAGGUGUGAAAAGUGAUGUGGUGAAUGGCACUCUGGGAAGGCCCAGCCUUGACGACAACUACUCUGCAGGAGAGGGUCUCAAACGCACAGCGCUCAGCUCAUCUCUCAGGGACCUAUCGGAGACAGGGAAACGUGGUCGCAGGAACAGUGUUGGUUCUCUGGACAGUACCAUGGAAGGCUCCAUCAUUAGCAGCCCACAGCCUCACCAGCGCUAUCCAGUGCCAGGUGUGGUUCCUGGCUGCUAUGGAACAGAAGAUUACCGGCCUCACCGCCCCAUCCUGAGCCCCGGAACGGGGGUGGGGGGUGGGCCGGGGCAGCAACACACCACUGCUGGGACAGGAGUUGGGGGAGUCUCCAGCAGUGUAGAGAGAGCAGGAGUGGGGAGCGGCCCUGGGGGGAGCAACAACAGUGGCUCUUUCCUGGGGUCACUAUUCGGCAGCAAACGCGCCAAACCACCGGGGCCCCUUAUUCCACCGGGGCCACCUUACCCCGCACCUGUCCCCCCACCGACUACGGGAGGGCCCCCUCCUCACUCCCCUUCAUCUCUGUGCCAGUUGGAGGGGGGGCCCUCCAAAAUACAGGCCCUACAUGCACAGUACUGUCACGCGGGCACCGUGCAGCCACCACCACCUUACUACCAUCACCAUCGCUACCACGUCCAAGCUGUCUCUCCUAUGCAGGGCGUGCCGCCUCAUACUAUUCAGAGAGGCCCGCUCCCCUGUCGGCCACCGCUUGGCCCCCCGCACGCCCAGCACCAGCAGCUGGCGCAUCUCUCCCAGCUAUCCCAGCUCACACAGCAUGGGCUCCCAGCUCGUUACGCCAACAUGGUGGUGGGCUGCCCUCCCCCCCUUUCUCCUCACUCCCAACAUUCCCAGAACCCACAGUUCACGCUCUACCACGUACAGCCCACACACUCGGUCAGAGGGGGUGGCGGCCCUGGCACCAAACCACCCCUAACCUUGUCUCACUCCCACCCGCACCCCCACGCACACUCCCACACCCACCCCGGACACGUGCAUACGCCACAUCCAGCCAGCCACUCUACCCACCAGACACACUUCAUCUUCGGCACGCUCCCCCACCAUCAACCAUCCGGGUCCGUCAAUGCGCAUCACGCAGCCACCGCCGCCCCGUAUCUGCCCCAGUACCCUCCACUCUCCUCCAUCCCCCCUCCCCCCCCGCACUCCCCUUUACCCCCCCCUUCCUCCCCCCUUACCCCUCUUACACCUCUCUCCCCUCACCCCCCCCAGCACCCAGGGCAACCCCAGCAGGGGCCGGCGGUGACGGGGGCUGGAGCGACAGGUACAGGGGGCAGCUCCAAAUCCAAGCCUAUCAACCGGAUAAGCACCGUAGUGUGAGCAGGGUGUGGAGUCACAGGGGUCAGAGGUCAGAUGACAGAGUGGAGGAGGUGGGCAGGGCCAGGUUGAGGACCAGGUCGACCAGGACAGAA